AUGCCAUCUUCAAGGGUGAAAGUAGAGUCUGGGUCCAAGGGCUCUGAGUCUAGUCGCGGCGAAUCAGACAGCCCAAGCCAGCGGGCGACGCAAUUUCGCCGCGCACGAUCCCGCGCCACGCGUGCCUGUGAGGUGUGCCACUCCAGAAAAGUGCGCUGCGAUGUUAUGAUUCACCAGCCGUGCACCAAUUGUAUUGCCUUCGGCUGCGAAUGCCGCAUUCCUGAAAACAAGAGCCGCAAAUCGGCGAGUUCAGGCGGACGAGACGCCAGAAUGUCACCAAGUCGUAACGGCGCGGCUGACGGUGAUAUUUCGUCUCGGCCACCUGGAUCGGCUGGUAGUGCGGCGUCCACGGCCACCUCGACCCCAGGGGGAAUUAUCGACACAAAAAGCGACCGCAAAGGUGACGUAUCCUUUUUGGGGGCAACCUCUCAUUUCAACCUCAUUGCUCCAGAUGCCAACGAUCAAACAACUUACGCUCGUCUGAUCGAGCAGCUCUUAGGCACCUCCAGUGUACUUGGCCAGCUGGAUCAGGAAGAUAUCACCGUGUUGAAGAUCCGAGGUGCCUUCUUAUUACCCGCCCAAGACGUUAGCGAUGCCCUCGUAGAGACGUUUUUUGAGAAAAUACAUCCGACAUUGCCGGUGAUUAACAAGACCGAGUUCUUGAAACAAUACUAUUCUCGCGACCACCAGCCACCGUUGUUGUUGAAGCAGGCCUUGUUUUGUGCUGCCAGCCGCGCGUGCCGACAUCCCGCGUUGCUAGACUCAAAUGGCCUGCCUGAGGUGGCUACCUUGACGUUCUACAAACGGGCCAGAGCCCUGUUCGAGGUCGAUUAUGAAACUGACCGCGUAGUUUCAGUCAAAGCUGCACUGCUUCUGUCCCUCAGUGUUGACGGUCCGGAGCAGAUCAAACACAAUGGCUAUUACUGGUCCAGAAUGGCAAUCACGUUGGCUCAAAGUGUCGGCCUUCAUUUAUGGAUGUCGGCCCCCCAGCGUUCGGUAAUUGGGGCGAGAAUGUGCAAGCGUAUCUUCUGGUCUAUGUUUGUACGUGAUCGCACCACGGCUGUAGCCUACGGCAGACCCAUGAUGCUGAACCUUGAAGAUAGUGAUAUGCCAAUGAUUGUUGCUGAGGACUUUGACGAAAGCGAUUCAGGUGCACCUUCAAAAUAUCCGCCUAACGAGGAACAUGUGCAGUAUUUUAUUUCUCUGGUCAAACUAAACGAAAUCAUGGGUAUGGUACAGCGCCAGCAAUACACAGUUGGUGCGGAGCGUAUGCAGAUGCUCGAUCGUAUGCCAGAUGUUUCUCAAUGUGACAUUGCUCUAGCCUCAUGGAUCAAUCAUUUGCCGUCAUGUUUACGAUAUUCGAUUCGCGAAGUCGAAAACCACAAAGUGCUACAGGCCAAUCUUUACCUCGCAUACUACACGGUAUUGUGCCUGGCUCACCGACCGCAGGUGGUACACUUUUCCAAAAGCCGAGGUGAGUACCCCUCUUGGGGAAUCGCCUUUCAGGCGGCACAUAUGAUUGUUCGCAUUCUUGAGAAUAUUCGCAAACACAAAGAGAUGCAUCUUAUGCCAUCGUUCACCGUCUAUGUAUGCUUCAGUGCGGUAAUUCUUCUCUUUUACCAGUCGGAAACCAGUCGCACCGAAGUGGUCGCGUCCGCUCAAGCAGCUUUGGCAAGUUUGAUGCAAAGCUUAGACGAACUCGCCAAAUAUUCUUCGACGGCCCAGAGAAUCGCUAAGCUUUCCGGUUAUAUCAAGAACAAUACCGAAACCAAGAACCGUUUCCUGAGAUCGUUCCGCAAACGCAAGCGAGGCGAAACCGAGCUUAUGAACAGCGAACGUGAAGUGCUUGAACAGGUCAACUCCAAGCCUAGCCUUCCCUCGUCCGCUAAUAACAUGCCUGUUCGUGAGCCAUCAGCAGGCACUCCAGAAUCCUUACUGCCAACUGGAACCACGCCACGCUUUGAGUCCACCUCACCCAGAGGUAGUCCUGGCUUUGAACAAGAUUCCCAGAAACUUGCUAUGGUCACUCAACAAGCUGCCCCCAUCCAAGAGGUCUUCCAGCCUGAACACCUAUUCCCUGAAGCUCCUGGAUCGGCCAACAGCUCGACAGACGUUGCAAAAGAGUUCUUCCUGCCCUUAUCUGGAGUUACUGCUGAUAUUAUGGAUGCUUUCAAUGUCAGCGAGGACACGGGCACCCACUCUAGCGACGAUAACUUUGGUGAGGCUCCGGAUACUUUGAGUAUGGGAGACUGGUACGAUUUUCUUAUGUCCAACCCAAAAGUGGGAGACCAAUGA